UGUGUUUCUCCUCCAGGCCCUGGUGGACUUCACUGACUUUCAGAUAUACCAGGAGCUGAUCAAGAGCCGCGAGGACAAUUCAUUUUACAAAAGCUGUGCGUCGGAGAUGCUGCGCAUGGUCAUGGAGGAGGGGUGCACCACCCGCAGCAAGGUGCUGAACUACCUGGGGGAGCGCUUCAGGGUGAAGAUGAACCUGCCGGAGUGGUACACAAACGAGCAGUGUGCCAACUACCUACUGGACGAGUGCAUCUGUAUCCACCUGAAGUCGGGCAUGGAGAAGUUCUACCUGCUGUGUCUGAUGACCAGGAAGCUCUUCACGUUCGCCAAGCAGGAGUGCAUGGAGGAGAACCCCGACAGCAUCAUGUGUCAGGAGGUGCUCACCCCUGGGCAGCUCUACCUCAUGUUCAUGAAGGUAUGCUCACUGAGGAAUGCAGAAGCAAAAUAUAUGUUUUUACUAGG